GGGCCCCUGUUGACACCUGGACCUGGAUGAUCACCUUUAUUUGCCGCACCUACAUUCAAAAGUGCGAAAGGUGCAAAGAGCACGAUAACAAUCGGUUCUUUCUCUCCCAGCAUCAUACGAGCCACAAGACAGUUUAUAACCAAGCCGUCAAGUUUUCCAGUUCACCAAGUUAAGUUAACCAAGCUUUCCAGUUCACAUCAUGGCGUUAAGGAUAUUGUCACUGGGAUUACUUCUGGCAUUGGUAGCGGCAGACACGAAGUUCGUAGACUAUGUCCGACAGAACUACGAGGCAAACAUCAAUGAAGAACUCGUGAAACAGAUUCAGCGCGAGCUGAUUGCGAGCUACACCUAUCAGGCUUACUCUUCAUUCUUUGGAAGAGCAGACAUUGCUUUGCCUGGGUUUAAGAAGUUCUUUUCCGAGGCCUCGACAGAAGAGCGAGAGCACGCGCAAAAACUGAUCGACUAUGUCAAUCAACGUGGAGGCCACGCCCAGUUCAGCGAAACAGAUAUUGCAACAGCAUGCGAUGCUAUGGCUGAUGUGAGCAUCCUAAGUGGCACCCGAUCCCGAGCAUGCAUUUGUGAGUUCCUGAGAACGAAAUCCAGCAACGAGUGCGGACCCUCAUUUGACGGGCAGUACGGGCUGCAGGCCAUGGAGGAUGCACUCGCCCUGGAGCGCUUCGUCAACCAGAAGCUGCUGGACCUGCACGGCCUGGCGGACACGGCCGGUGACGCUCACCUGACUCACGUACUGGAGCACGAAUUUUUGGAGGAACAAGUUUCUUCUAUCAGGGAACUUGCUGGCUUCGUUACUCGCCUUCGCAGUUUCAAGACCAAUUACGCACUGGGAGAAUACAUGUUUGACCAGAAGCUGCAGUAGAAUAAUUAUCUAGUUCUUUCUCUUGGACUUUUUUUUUUAAUAAAGAUUUUGUUGCGCACUCUUACGUUCUCUGGAUAAAUAAGCCACUCUCCUAAUACUUAUCCAGGAAAAAUCAUUACACUACCCUUUAACACUGAGGUUCAAUGACGUUUGAGAGACUGUUAACAGAAACAUAAUAAAAUGUCUGUUUUCCUAUAAAAACUCUUUUCUUCUGUCUAAAGACAACAUAUUUGAUACCCCAGAUAAACAGACCCUGAACCGUAUAAAGAGUGUGCAAAGGAGGGGUUUAUUUCAAGUCUAUAUAAACUGUAAAUACUGGAAUAAAUAUGUUGCCCAUUCAC